ACAGUUUAGUACGACAUACACAUUUAGAGAUAGUGUAGACUAAUUAAAUCAAUAAAAUGAAGAAAAUAUUUUAUAUUUGCACUUUUGUGUUCGUUUUUUUCACAGUUGAGUCGACAAAAUUAGGAUCUGACAAUAAAAAUUAUAGUAUCUGUUUAACUGAAACUAAUGUAUCUGAUGAUGUCAUGUUAGCAAUAGAAGACGUAAUACAUAACCAACACAAAUCCGAAAGUCAAGAAAGAAUAAACAAGAAUGGUUGUGUCAUGCAAUGUAUGUUUCAAAAAGAUGGAAUGAUGGAAGAUGCAGAAUAUAAAAUAGAAAAGAUGCAUAUCAUAUUCGUCCAGAAAACAAAUGUUCAACCAGGAGAUAAAAGAUUGGAAAGUCUGGACAAUUGCAUAAAUGCAUCAAAAGACCUUCCAGACAAAUGCGAAAAAGCUUUUCUUAUUACUGAAUGUAUCCUAAAAUCUGAACACAAGCAUAAACAUGAACAUGAUCAUGAACAUCAUCAUGACUAAAUCUGCAAAAUAAUGAAUAUAAUUAAGAAUGGCUGAAAUUAAAUUAAAAUAUUAAAAU